AUGGAGAGCCUGCUGGAGAACCCGGUGCGCGCCGUGCUCUACCUGAAGGAGCUGACGGCCAUCGUGCAGAACCAGCAGAGCCUCAUCCACACGCAGCGUCAGCGCAUCGACGAGCUGGAGCGGCGCCUGGACGAACUCAGCACCGAGAACCGCAGCCUCCGCCAGCAGUACGCGCUGCCGGACCCAGCGCCGCCGCCGCCGCCGCCACAACCGCCGCCGCCGCCGCCGCCGCCUCUCAGCAGCAAGCAGGCUCAAGCCGGCCCCAGCGGUAGCCGGACGGCCGCCCCGCACCAGCACCCCCCGCUCCAAGCCCAUCAGCACCACCACGAGAAGGACAGCAGGGAGAAGAGCGGCUGCCCGGCCCUGCUCCAGCACAAAAGCCCCCAGGCCAUCGGCAAAGGCGUCUUGUGCAGGAGACCCGAGUAA